AGAGUCAACCGUCAGUCAUUUCUGGACAAAGGUAGUUAUCAUAGUAAUUAGAACGUUAUGAUAUAAAACACUGUUCACAACUAAAAUUAAAUACUAGUAUGAUGAAGUUCCCGGUGGCACUAGGUCUGUUUGUCGCAGUCGUGACAGCUGAUAUAAAGCUAACUCCAGAUGAGCGCAACUGCCAGAUGCGUCAGCGUGCCUCGGACAAGGACGUCGAGAUGUUUCAUACGAUGCAGCGACCGGUUGAGAGAACGACCAAGUGCUACUACGACUGCAUGAUGCAAGUGAUGGGUUAUUCCAACGGAAAGCGGUUCAUUCGGGACAGGUUCGAGGAUUUCUAUUUGAGUGCGGCCAAAAACGACGACCAACGGAGAACGAUUCGGCAUUUGGCGGACAAGUGCGACGGAACGGAACAUGACGACGCGUGUGAGCUGGCGGCCGAUAUUGUGGCGUGUAUUAGGCGUUGAUUUCUUCUUUUUAAGGUAGAUGGUGUUCUUCACUUUUGGGGCGAUGACUGUCCAAUGAUGGUUCUGAAUUCAGGGUUCAGAUAUAGUAAAUUGAAAUGAAAAAAUAAACACUAUAUGUAAAAUUCUUCUACAAACAACACAAAGAAAACCAUUUU